UCGUCCACCAGGUGACGCUAGGCGCUUUCUUCUUACCGUCAUUCUCAGCCUAGUUUUUCUUUUUAUGUUCGUUUAGUGAGUAGUAUAGUUGGCCGUUAAAUUUAUUCUUGUAAUGGCUGCCACGCUAAAAGUGUAGUCUAUUGGUUAUGUCAUGUUAAAACAGUCCGUACACAAGUGUGAUAGACGAAAAAAUCAACAAGUGUUCUGAACAAUGAUUGCUUGAAAGGUGUUUUACACUUAUCUCCCUGGAACGUUUCUUCUUUCAUGUUUCCUUUUUUAGGCAUUUAAGUUAUGGACUCCGAGUUUGUGUACUUUAUAUAACCAAAACAUAAUCUAUGCUUCGCCAACAGUGUUUAUUUGGACCAUAUUGAGUGUAAAGUGUACCGUCCAGAAAUUAAAUUAUGGAUCCGAGAUCGUCAUCUGCCCUGUUCAAAAGGGCUGAACAGUUGAAGAGAUGGGAAGAAUCUGACACUAACAAACAGUCGGCAAUCCCAAAACGUGCUUCAAGAAUACAAUUCUCUUCUGGUAUCGUGUUUUUAGCAGCGUGCACGGCUGGUGAUAAAGAUGAAGUGCAGCGCUUAUUGAAAUUAGGCGCUGAUAUAAACACUGCGAAUGUUGACGGCCUGACAGCACUUCAUCAGGCUUGCAUCGACGACAACUUUGAUAUGGUGCAGUUCUUGGUAGAAAACGGCGCAGAUGUGAAUCGUGGUGAUAACGAAGGCUGGACCCCAUUGCACGCUACCGCAUCCUGCGGCUUUCUAAGCAUUGCUAGAUACCUUUUGGAAAACGGCGCGGAUGUGGCAGCCGUGAACUAUGACGGCGAGCUGGCUGUCGAUAUCGCUGAUAGUGAUGAAAUGGAAGAACUUCUACAAAAGGCGAUUGAUGAGAAAGGCAUAGAUUGUGAGAAGUCGCGUAGUGCCGAAGUGACGACACUCAGGAAUGACGCUAAGAACUGGGCAGCGAAUGGUUAUGUAGAGGUUCGUGAUCCCAAGACUGGUGGAACACCUCUACACGUCGCGGCUGCUAAGGGAUAUGUUGAUGUGGCGAAAACACUGCUAGAAGAUUGCAAUGCUGAACCGGAUUCCGUCGAUUACGAGGGCUGGACACCGUUACAUGCAGCUGCGUUGUGGGGACAGAAGGAUGCUGCUGCGAUACUGUUGAAGUUUGGCGCUGAUCCUAAUGUGAAGAACUAUUCGGGCCAAACUUGCAUGGAUCUCGUCGAUCCCAGUAUAUCGUCGUGGCUCGCAGAGGCGUCGCUCAAGGCGCCACGCCGCGUCAACAAUAACAACAACAACAACAACAACAAACGUAAACGAAGUCCGCCCAAGCACGACGUCAAGCGCGUCGAGCUGCAGAUCACCGGCCAGCCGGACACCAUCGUCAACGAGAAGCCGCCGGCGCCGGAGAUAAUAACAAAGGUGUCGGAGGGCAAACCGCCGAAGGUGCGCGCGCCGUCGCCGGAGAGCGCGGCGGGCGGCGACGCGGCGGCCGACGACGACGCGCCCUCCUGGCGCCGCUCCGCCUCCUUCCGCAACCGCCUGCAGGACAAAGCGCGUGAAAAUAAGCAGACCAAUAAUAAUGUGGAUAACGAUACAAUACUGCGAAGGACGCACAGCUUUGAAAACGAUAAGACUUUCUACCAGCGCUACCGCGACGUGACGGCGCGCAUAAAGGCCUCGUCGUGCCCCUCUAUACCACCGCUGCCUCAGUCCACGCUGGCCGCGCUCGAACUGAGGAAAAAGGGCCAGGAGACUAACAAUGCGACAGAGACUAACGACGACGUUCACACAAGGGUAACUGCAAAUGAAAGGAGAGAAAGGGAGUCAAACACAUGGAGUACACCGUCUAGCACGAGCUCGAAUGCAAACAGUACAAACACUACAACUACCACACAGACCACUGUUAGAAGCGGUUCGGAAAGCGUAGAGUCGAACAGUAGCAAUUCAACACCAAGCUCUGCGACGCCCACCAAACUGUCGCCUGGGAACAUUUUCAAGAAUUUCUUCAAGUCGUUCGUGCCACCCGUACGCGAUGAAGAGAGCGAGACGCAAAGGAAGGCGCACGCAAAGCGCGUACGCGAAACUAGGAGGUCGACCCAAGGGGUAACGCUCGAUGAGAUCAAGUCCGCCGAACAGCUGGUGAAGAAGAAAACGAAUAACGGAACGACGGAAGCUCCGCCCACCGGCUUGAAGAAGACCGACGAUAGUCCAGUUGAGAAUAGUACAGCGCGCGCGAUAUCGGCCGGUGGCGGUGAGGCGGCGGUCUCGCUGGCGCUGGCCUGCGUGACCGCGACCGCGACCGCGACCAUCGCCGCCAACAGUGAGAGACGCCCCUCGUGGCGGCUGCGGCUCGAUCCCGCUAACAAGUUUGAGUUGGAGGAUGCGGCUGCAACCCCGCGGACGACGGAAACCGAGGCGACGGUGACGUUACCGCUCCGCCGCCCGCCAUCCGGCGCCAACCAGAACGCAACCACAAACAACUCCGUUACCACCACGCCUACCAAGGAGAGCCGUACAAGUAACGCGACAGUAGCGGCGACGGAGGAGGAGAAGGAGCGCGAGAGCAGCGCAGAGAGCAAGUCGCCGAGCAACUCGUCGCCGAGCACGCAGGCCGCGCUCAACGUGAUACAGCGCCGGCGCAGGCCCAAGCGCCGCUCCACCGGCGUCGGCCACGUGGAUAUGGACGACAUCGUUAACGAUCGCGGAGGAGGCGGCGAAGGCGACGUCGACACAGAUAUACAAUCCGGCACGGAGAGGACGGACGAGGGAGAGGAGAAGGACUACAAGGCGCUGUACGAAGCAUCACAAAACGAGGUCCGCAAGCUGCGCGCGUUGCUCUCGACCUCCGAGCAGCAGUUGCACGAGGCUCGCACCACUAUCACUAGACUCACACAAGUGAAUCAAAAUUCACUAUCUGAGAUAGAGAAGCGCGAGAAGCGAGCCAUGGAAAGAAAACUGUCCGAAAUGGAAGAGGAGCUGAAGCAAUUGCAAAAGUUAAAAGCCGAGAACGAAAGGCUGAGGGCUGAGAACCGUGCGCUAACGCGGGUCGUCAGCAAAUUGACCAACUCUGCCGCCAAAUAGUAUCAUCAAGCGCUUCAAGCGGAGAAUCAGCGGCUGAAAGACGAGAACGGAGCGCUUAUCAGAGUUAUCAGUAAAUUAUCCAAGUGAGAUAUAGGGGUUUCCUAAAAUAUGUUCCCUUUCGGCCUAACGAAUCGAGGUCAGCGAUGGGACUACAUUGUUACUAUAGAAGGACGUGUGUAAUAAUAAAAUGCCUUUUUAAAAAAUUUGAUGUGUGCUUUGUGAAGUGGAUUAUUAGCCAAAUAUUUAAUUUUUUUUUUUACAAACGAAAUAUACAAACUUUUAUACACUAACCAACGAAGCAAGAUAAUAAAUGAUUCUUUGCGAUGUUGUCCAUGUAUGAAACUUAUAUUCCUCUCAUUGCCUGGCUGAGGUUCUAGUCAAAUUAACAAUAGUGUAGUAAUAUACUUAUAGAAUGCCUAAACCGCACCGGAAUUAACUUUGUGGAGAAGUUGAUCACGUUCGUCAAAAUCUAAUAAGCACUAUAUGGUCAAUUGAUGUAUAAAUAUAGACGACAGAAGUAAACUGUUUUGUUGGUGUUGUUUCUUUUAGUUUUUCCUUUCGUUAUAGUAUAAUCUUGUUUCGUUGGUGAACAUCGGUUAUCGGUCCGGGUAUUGAACAGCAUGAUUAGGUUAAUUUUUUAUUAUUAUAUUUUGGUUUGAUUGUUUUAUUUGAAAAUGAAAUAUUGUCUAUUUUAAACACGGAUGAAUUGCAUGAUACACAUAUUAUUUUUUACUUCGAAAUCUUCGUCCAAAUAAUUUGUUUUUACAAUUGAACGAAAAUGUUAUUUAUUUAUGAAACAUUAUAUAUCUGCGGCAAACUUGUUAAUUUUUUCGUAAAAGUUGGUUUUUAAUUUCUUUUUAAAAUUUCAAUUUGUUUUUUUUUCUGGCAAACAAACAUAUAUUUAUAUACAAAUACCUUUUAUCGCAUUGAAUUAAUAUGGAUGACAAUAUUUUUUAAAACUUUAGAAAACAUCACUAUUAUAGUAUAUUAGAUAAUUUUUUUAAAGAAUUUAUGUAGUUCCCGAGAUGUCCUUUGUGUUGAUAUUUUAAUAUAUUCCUGAUGUUAUAAAUGUAAUGUAGAUUAGUAUUUAAUGAAAUGUUUUCGGAGUUCACGCUUUCGCGGAACCGAGAACGUGUUCUGUGUAAUGUUAGGUAUUAGUUAAUAAUCGUCAUAUUACUAAUGCGUUUAUAAACUGUAUGUAAUAUAGAUUUUAUUAAACAAUAGUCACGAAAUGAUUGGAAAUGUGAUAUAUCGAUUUAUUAAAGUUUUGAUCAUGUGGAUUUAGGUCUUACUAGGUGUUGUACUUUGUAGUGUUUUACAUAUAGAGUAAAUCACUUUGUCGUGCCCAUUAAUUGAUUCCCCUACGGGGCAUUUGAUUUGUCAACGUUGUUAUUGUGUUCAUCAUCACAAACCUGCUAUCCGCUAGCUAUACGCACAUACACGAACACUUCUAUGUCCUAAUGAAUCAGUAUUCCAACAGCCAACCCUUCUAUGGAAGAUUUGUUUGUGUGCAUUUAGCUUAUGCGGAUAGCGAAUAUUUAAAACACACAUACACACGCUUGUUCGGACACACGAACGUGGUUUACUCGAUAUCGGAACGGCAAUUUAUACUUAACGUAUAUAUUUUAAUGUGUCACGUAGAGACAUUACAUCGUAAUCAUUAUCGGAUGUUUGCGCUAUAGGACCUUUUGUUAAAUGUGAUGUGAAAGUAUUGUUAUAUAUAUGUGAUGCUGGCACUAACGCUUCGUGAAUUUUAUUUUGUAGAUAAAUUAAUAUUUCGAAAUGUGACGGCAGACAUCUUAGUAGAGUAACUUUUAUUUAAUGUGGAAAAUGGGAUGAAGAUUUUUUAAUGUAUUUUAUAUGCCAUAGCCCUUCAAAAGGGUACUAACGUUUAAAUUUUAAUUAUCAUUAAUUGUUAUGUGCGGAGGCAAGCGUUUAUUGCUGAUAUGAACCAUACGCAUAUUAUUAAUUCAUUCAUUUUUCGGACAUUUUGAGUAUAAAAGACUAGUCAUUUUAAGCGAAUUACUCUAAUUUAUACAUAAAAAAAAUCGUAAAAAAUGUAUUAUGGGGCGGUUAUUGUUAGUACAUCUGAAUCCGAAUAAUUGGGAUUGUGUGACGUCAUACAUUCAAUUUUGUAUAAAAAAAGUGCUGCAACCUAAAAUAUCAGCAAUAAAUAUUGCCUUUGUACCCAAAACGUAUUUAUAGAAACGAAACUAAAGCAUAUUCCCGAUGGCCUAUCGCGGAAAUGUUAACGCACAUUGGCUAUCGGUUUGGGAACAUGUUGAUAGGUUUUAUUUCUAUUACCAUUUACUGUAGAUAUAUAUAUAAAUAUAUGUAAUUAGAUACUGAUUUAAUUUAUUUAAAAAUUUUACAUUAUACAUUUUCAAAUGUUGGUCAGUGUUUUAACGAUUAUUAUUUGAAAUGAUAAAUUCUGCUUCGAUAUGUCAAUUCAAAAGGGAACGUUUCUUAUUAUUGUUUCCGCAUAACGAAAGUUUUGUUAAUGAAUUUUUGCGUUUUUUUUUUGCUUUGUCAUUCUCGUAUAUUACAGUAAUAAAAUUAAUGAAUUUUGUCGUAGAUGUAUGUCCUUAACGCAUCCCUUGAUUGGGAUAUGUUAAACUCAUAUAACAUUUUCUAUUUUAUCAUUUAAAUAACUACAACGUUUUUAUUGUUAUGCAUACUCUUGUUAAGAUUAUGGAUCCCGCACCAAACUACCUACACAUAUUAACAAUCUCAAUAGAGAAUUAUAAUAAGGAAAGCGUGAAAUGUGAAAGUGGGGUCUAGCCUUCAUUGAUCUUUAUAUUGUAUCCCUAUUUAAUGUAAGCGGUAAUUUUUGUUCAUUAAAGUUUUAUUUAUUUCGAGAGUAAGAGUUAAACAAAAUAAAUUUAUUAAUUAAU